GCGGUCCGCGUGGCUGUUUCCUGCUGGGCCGGCGCCUCGCUUCCUCCCUUCCCUCUCGGCGGUCCUCCGGCCGGGCUCCGCGCCUUCUUUCCAGCUGUUACUUUCUCAGGGAUGACUCAGUUAGGUGCCAUUGCCGCUUUGGCUGUCAGCCUAGUGGCAGCUGCUCUUUUUUCUGCAGUGCACAAGAUUGAGGAAGGACAUAUUGGUGUUUACUACAGAGGAGGUGCUCUCCUGACAUCCACAAGUGGACCUGGUUUCCAUCUAAUGCUCCCCUUCAUAACUUCCUAUAAAUCAGUACAGACCACCUUACAAACAGAUGAAGUAAAGAAUGUUCCAUGUGGCACAAGUGGAGGAGUAAUGAUCUAUUUUGACAGAAUUGAGGUUGUGAACUUCCUGAUCCAAAGUGCUGUAUAUGAUAUAGUGAAGAACUAUACUGCAGACUAUGACAAAGCUCUCAUCUUCAACAAGAUCCACCAUGAGCUCAACCAGUUUUGCAGUGUUCACACACUUCAGGAAGUUUAUAUUGAAUUGUUUGACCAGAUUGAUGAAAACCUAAAACUGGCUCUCCAACAAGAUCUGACAUCUAUGGCUCCAGGGCUCAUCAUACAGGCAGUCCGAGUUACAAAGCCAAACAUCCCAGAAGCAAUUCGGAGAAAUUAUGAGCUCAUGGAGAGUGAGAAGACGAAACUGUUGAUUGCUGCUCAGAAGCAGAAGGUUGUGGAGAAAGAGGCUGAAACAGAGCGCAAAAAGGCUCUUAUUGAGGCAGAAAAAAUUGCCCAGGUGGCUGAGAUAACAUAUGGGCAGAAGGUGAUGGAAAAAGAAACAGAGAAGCGAAUAUCUGAGAUUGAAGAUGCCGCGUUCCUUGCCAGAGAAAAAGCAAAAGCAGAUGCUGAAUGUUACACGGCCCUGAAGAUAGCAGAAGCCAACAAGCUAAAAUUGACCCCAGAAUACUUGCAGUUGAUGAAAUACAAAGCGAUUGCCUCCAACAGCAAAAUCUACUUUGGCAAAGAUAUUCCCAACAUGUUUAUGGACCACGCUGGGGCUCCUACUAAACUUUCCGAAGGGCAGGCAGAGGAAUUAAGAGAUGAAAGCUGGCUGGAAGCAGGGGAAGAUUUGUGAAGUCAGGAACGGCCAGAAGGGCAGCACAACCCUGUUUGAAUCAGUUGAACUGGUAUCUGGCUACUCGAUGUGCGGUCUCUGUCUCCCAGGAUGUGGGAAGCAUUAGGCCAGAAAGAAAAACACCCUACCUGUUCUGAAAAGACAACCUGAAAAAGCAUCGCAGCUCAGGCUUCUGACUUCAUCUUUCUUAGCAGUCCGAUGCACUGUCUUAUUGAUCUUCAUGCCGAUGGAGAAAGCAACAGCGAAUCAUGCUAAAGAAGUUGCAGUGUUCCCCUGAUUGACUCUGCCUCCACUUCAAUAAGAUGAAGCAUGCUCAAUUUUAUUUUUGGAUCAAGAGAAACCUUCCCACGUGAGAAACUCUACUAUCCCUUACAAUUGUACAUAUGCUACAGGUUAAGUCCAACAUGUAGGAAAAAACAAAUUGGAGAAUUGAAAAAGGACUCGUUCCCUCUUUUGGUAUUGGCAAAUUGGUCUUGAUAUAGCCCAACCUGAUGCCUUCUAGAAGUCUUGGGACUGCAACUCCCUAGAUUUUAAGUCACUGGGCUGACUGGAAGUCCAUGAGCUACAGUCCUAACUCUUCUGAGGGCAUAAAGUUCAGUAGGCUGAUGUCAUUUUUUUGGACAGUAUGUAGAUGAGCCAGAUCAUCUCUGCAUAUUGAAUUAUUUGCAUUCAUGAGCAUAGUAUCCAAUAACUGGAUUUCACCAGUAGCAUAUAUGUCAGUUGCAGCCUAUCCCUUCAAAAAUAAAGGUGCUAAUUUUGAAUUUUUUUUUUUAAAAAAAAGAAAUACCCACACUACAGAUUAAAGCCUUGGCAUGGAAAACUUGGAGCAUUAAACAUUAACUAAAGAUACGUCAGUUGGUGCUUAUUUCAAGAUCUGUAGAGCACAUCUAGACCCAAUGUCCACCUUCCCGCCCUGCAGAUAUUGGUAGGGAUAGUCAUUGGACAAAUGUCAGGUGAGAUGCUGCUUUUGCCCUUACAUUAAAUGCAGCUAUUCCUGGAGGAGAAGUGCUUGUCAUCUGUCUGGAAGUUUCUUUUACAAUAACAUGCAGUUUGUAGGGGAAAUGGGUAAAGAAACAUAACUUGAUUCUGGUUUUCAGCUCAUGGUCCAGAACGGGCCUGCAUAGCUGCUGAUUUGCUAAGCUUGUACGCCGCCCAAAGUCACCUUGUGUGAGAUGGACGGCUAUAUAAAUAUGAUAAAUAAAUAAAUAAAUAAAUAAAAUAAGCUUAAUGCAAUCUACCAGCCAUGUAAUUGUGGCUUCCUAGGUACUUGGCAAUCUAUUUGCAGACACAGGUCAGACUGAUCAAGACCCACGAUACAGGGCUGCAUUCUGGCCCGACUAAUCUCAAAUUGUGCGGCACCAGGGUCUCUCUUGUUCCACUGCUCUGUGGAUGAAGUCCACUGGUCCAGCAUGGCCAUGUUCUUUAGAAGGCUGCACUAGAUGGGUUUCAGGGUUGUUGAAGGCUUUCUUAUCCUAUAGCAAAAUUGCCAGGAGGUGAUAUUAUCCUGAACAGGUUCUGAUUUCCUAAUUAGCACCCCCCAGCGUGGCUUUUUGAAGUGAUCCACAAGUAGGUGAAAUAGUUUUGGAACUGAUUCUUAACACUGCUUUUUCUGGGGACAGUCCAGCAAGCACGAAUCCAAGACCCCAAGCUGCAUCCGAAUCCCUCCUUUGGCAGCAAAUAAAGUCUCAAAUGGUGCCCUUAGUGGCUCUGUAAAUGCCAAGCUGCUUAUUCCGUUCGGUGUUUAUCUUUCCAUUAAGAAUCUGGGCAGGGGGUUGCGCUUGGUCCUAGAAAUGGCUUGCUCCAAAAACCAGAUUGAGAGAACUUUCUGUUCUUCAACCCCCAAAACAGAAGGACUUUUUCAUUCUCCUUCUUGUUGGUCUGUGCUAUAAAUUUAUUUUGUGUAGGCUAAUAGGGCAUCCUGCCAAAGUCUUCUGUUCCAACCCCAAGACACUUGUGUUCAGGGUAAGAACCCUUCUAGGCCUGAAAUCCUAUUUGUAACCCAGACAGAGUCUGUAACAAAGGCCUUUUUUUCCCCUUGCAGUAGGGGAACCAUUUUUUUUUUAUCACUGAUAAAUGGUUGCUGAUUGAAUAGUUGGUGAAAAAUCAGUUGUGUCUCAGCAGCAUAUGUUUUCCUGCUUUCAUUCUGCAGCAGGUAUAGUUAUAAUGUCUUGUAGCUGGCAGGGCUAAGAGGCCCAAGCCUCUUAGGAGAUGAUACUCAAAAGUCUUUUGCCACUGAAGUCUGUAACCAGCGAUUCCCAGUUUCAGGUCAACGCCCAGUGGCCAUAAAGCCAGGAAGAAGUCCUCUUGCUAAAUCAUCUGUUGUGUCUCUUCCACAAAUUGUCAGACCUGCAGGCUUACUUAGUUCUUUCUCAAAGUAUGCUUUGCCUAUGCCAAACAAAGACCAAGCAGAAAAGCUUUCUGUUUGCUUCUUGCUCUCUUUCCUUUUCUGAUUUUUCAAACACCCUGGUGUAAUUUUCUGAUCAAGUGAGAUGUCCUCCACCUUUCUGGGAAUAAGCUGGUGAAAAAUCCCCAUUGUUCAAUCUUGCUAAAUUUCCCAAGUGAGAGGGUGCUCUUUAGAGAAUGCUGGUUUUCAGUCUUCAUGGGAGAUUUUUGUCAGUCUGAUUACAGUCCUUGGCUCUUGCAGUGUGGCUUUGGGAGAGUGGGUUAUUUCCACAUUAGCGUUUUUUUCAAUAUGCAAGAGGGAUUGUGGCCUAAGAAGAGGCAAGCCUUUUUGUAAAAUGGGGACUACUUUUAAGAAUCUGUGGCUGCAAACUAAAUAAAGGGAGUCUCAGGCGCUUUGCCACAUGUGCCUUAAAUUUCAAAUGUGCUUUUCCUUAGCCUGUUCCCCUCACCUUCAGUUGCUUUCUUCCCCGUGUCUUCAGAGUGUAAGCUGAGCUAAUGUAACAUCCAGAUGUCCUCUGGAGUGAAGGAAGCUCUAUUGAGAGCAUGUACCUGUUCCACUAAAAAUGGGGGGGGGGGAAUUCUUAGAAGCUAACAUGAACAUGCUAAGAAACCCUUGGUUAUGAAUCCAGAGAAAACAGUGCUCUAUCCCAUGAAUAACCUUUACUAUUAUAUGAGUUUUUAUGGAGGUGAUAAAACUUAUACUUGGGCUGUAUUAUACUUCAAAUUGUCAGCAUUGGAGAUGCAAGAGGUCACACAAUUGGACAGGUCAACUAAUUAUAAAAAUAUCCUGCAUGCAUAUAUGAUUGGUUGGUAUCCUUGAGAUGUUAGCUUUUGGGGAAUGACUUUUUAAUACAGGAGCACUCAAAUCAUGUGAACCCUCACCCUUCAAUUGACAAGGGUACUGUUGGUUGUCCCACUCUGUGUUAGAAUUUGGCCUUUGCUGUGCAGUUGAAUUUAACAGUGUUUACAACACAAUAUAGGCUGUAGGGAAAGCAAAGAAUAAGAAGCAUAAAGUAUACUUCCUUUUGUGUGGCUUCUUUUGUUGUGCACAAAUAAAGGCUUGUGAGAGUUAUGGUGUCAUUACCCCCAAGUUCAUGGGGAGAAGCCUGUUAAAAUGUGCCAUUGGCUUUCACACACUGCAUUGUUCUGAGUUUGUGCUGCUUGUUGAGAUCCCUAGAAUUGUAGUAACAUCAGGAUUGUAGUCUUGGAUUAUUCUGGUUUUUAUGGACCAUCUCACCCCUUAUAAAGUAACUUGGCAUACUUCCAUGUGUGAUAAAUGCAAGCUAUAAGGCAUUAGGUCCAUUAACAUGUUGUUUUGUAAUAUACUUGCCGUUCUUUCAAAGAAGCCCAUUUCCCACUAAGACCAAGCAAAAAAGGAAUGGGAUGAUUUCUUAAACGUGAGAAGCAGCCUUCAGUUUUAAGUACAAUCUGAGGUUAUAUCAAGUCUAAUUCUGAAAAUAUUGGGGCCUUAAUGAGCCCAAACCAAACUUUGACAAUGAAAUAGGCAGUACUAGAUCAGUUUUCUUCAUUCUGAUACUCUCCAGGUGUUAUGAGAGGUCCAGCACAUCUGGAGGACACGAGGUCACGGAAGGCUUAUACCACAGGGAAUUUGAUUGGGCUGGAGGGGUUGUACUAGAAAAUGCAUUUCUCUUCAUAGAAGUACUCCCCUUUUAUCAGACUCUGCCCAUCCUCAGUUACCUUCCAGCAGCAGCUGCAAAAGACUGAUGGGGCUCCUGCAGGUCAAUUAACUGGCAGCAGAUUGUCUCCAGCUAAGUCUAUCCCAUUUCUGUUUGUAUCAGAAAAUAUUCAAAAUCAUGUUGAUACCUAAGUCUGUAUUUCUGGCUUCGGUCAUGUUCUUGUUGAUUUGUUUCAGCUUGUUUGCAUAUAGAAGUUGCAAGUUGUUGCUUGUCAACUCAAGGUACAGAAAGUUAGAAACAAAUGGUUCAGAAAUGGUAUGGUAGAAUACUUUAGGCACUAAAAUGGGUCUGUAACCAUUCUUCAUACUCUUACUUUCUGAACUGUACAGUUGAAUUCCAUUGUCUGUGUCACGUCCAAUCUUGCAAUAGAAGAAAGCUACUAUUUUGCGGGCUUUCUUCCCACUAAAGUUUGCAGAAACAAUUAUGUGUGCACUAGAAUAUAAAAAUAAAGUUAAUAAGCAUUCACAUAAGAUUUAUGGGAGCAAUGGCAUUUGAUUUUUUUUUUCCUCCAUGGAUAAAAGAUUAGGAUUUCUCUCUCUCUCUCUCUCUCUUUGCUCAAGCUUUUUUAAACUAG